GCCGCCCGAUCCAAAAUCCUAUCUUUGUCAUGUGCUGGGGUUGGGUGGUGUGGUGUGGGGAGUGUCGUCUAGGCUCAAGCACUCGCUUUCAUCUCCCUCCCUUCAAUUCCUUUUACCCUUUUUCUUUUGUCCCUCCUUUAUAAAUCCGAGCACAUACCAGGAAUCAAAGAGUACAAGGAGAUCACUGGGGGUUGCUUUGGAAUGUUAACCAGUCUGCAUUAAAACAUCUCCAUAUUUAGGAAGUAGGUACUUUCCUCUUCUAAAUUUCCGAUAUUAAUAGCCUGCGUGGGAGAUAAUGAAUACUGUGAAUCUGGGCACAUGGGUGCAUACCUCUUAUGUGUUCAAGCACGGGGGUAGAUUAAAAUCCCCGGUCUUGAGCCGUAUGCUUCAUCCUCUGAAGAACCCAUCCUUUCCGAUGUUGUCUCAGAGGUCUGGAAGACCCAUGUCUCUGGUGGCGGUUCUCACCAAGGAGGAGAUGGUUAGAGGAGGGGACACCCCGGAAGAAGAGAAGCCCGCUUUCAAUUUCAACGCUUACAUCCUUGAUAAGGCUAAUUCCGUCAACAAAGCUUUGGACGACGCCGUUCCCAUCAGGGAACCUGUGAAGGUCCACGAGUCGAUGCGCUACUCCCUUCUCGCCGGCGGCAAACGUGUCCGUCCCGUUCUCUGUAUCGCGGCCUGCGAGCUGGUUGGCGGGGAUGAAGCUACGGCGAUGCCGGCUGCUUGUGCGGUGGAGAUGAUUCACACCAUGUCUUUAAUGCAUGAUGACCUUCCUUGCAUGGACAACGACGAUCUACGCCGUGGAAAGCCCACAAAUCACAAGGUCUUCGGUGAGAAUGUUGCCAUUCUCGCCGGAGACGCUCUUCUGGCGUUUGCGUUCGAGCACAUGGCCACAGCGACGGUUGGAGUUCCGCCGGGGUGGAUAGUUCGUGCAGUCGGCGAAUUGGCGAAAUCGAUUGGGUCAGAAGGACUUGUUGCAGGGCAAGUGGUCGAUAUAUGUUCUGAGGGCUUGAAAGAUGUUGGAUUGGAACAUCUCGAAUACAUCCAUGUUCACAAGACCGCAGCUCUACUUGAGGGGGCGGUAGUUCUUGGGGCGAUUCUUGGAGGAGGAUCAAAUGAGGAAAUUGAAAAAUUGAGGAAAUUUGCCAGAUGUAUAGGGUUGCUCUUUCAGGUGGUUGAUGAUAUUCUGGAUGUUACCAAAUCCUCCCAAGAGUUGGGGAAGACUGCAGGCAAAGAUUUGGUGGCUGAUAAGCUCACGUACCCGAAGCUUCUGGGUAUUGAGAAAUCUCGGGAAUUAGCUGAGCAACUGAAUAAGGAUGCCAAGGACCAGCUCUCCGGCUUCGAUCCAGACAAGGCCGCCCCUUUGAUUGCUUUAUCUAAUUAUAUUGCUUACAGGCAAAAUUGAUUUGUUGUCUCAAUGGUCUGAACAGUUGAAUAAGUCCACUCUUCUUUUUCCUUUUUCUUUCUCUGUGCUUUACUGGUUGAUUACCAUGAACUUGUGUAUGUAUCAGUGUUGCUGGAUUUCUGAAACAUUCUAGUAAAGAUUCAAGAAGGUUAGUCUUCUGAACCUGUGGCUUUUGUGAA